UUCGGUGACCAACACUCCUAGGGCUUACUGUGUGCCAGACCUUGUGCACAUUAUGUAUGUACCUUAUCGCACAGGUGAGGAAACUGAGGACAGCGUAAGGGACAUGUCCGCCUAGCAAGAGUCCAGGUCAGUCAGCAUUUCAGCUGAGCCCUGACUCCAGAGGUCUGUGCCCUUAACCCUUGGGUGACACUAAAGAGAGACGAGGUUGGGCACCUGUUGGCCGACUUGAGUAGAACAAACAAAAAACAAACCUCGGGGAGGUUUCUGGCCUAGCCAGGAGCAGGUGUGUGGCUGAGCCCUGGAACUAUGCCCUUUGUGAGGUGGCCUGAGAGUUGGCAUCAGGUUCCGGUGUUCUGUGAGGGGGAGGGGCAGACAGAAGUCAGGGACUUGAGCAGGAGAUGGUUCUCACCAUGCUGGGGGCUCUGUGCCCCAGGGCUAGGCUGAACCUCUUUGUUCUCUACAUGGUUCUGGCGGCUGCAAUCCUCCACCCCCAGCCGUUGAGGGCUCAACGAUCUGUUCCGGAGGAAUUUUCAGCCCCCCUGGAACUCUCACAGCCACUUUCUGGCCUGGUGGAUGAUUAUGGGGUCCGACCCAAGCACCCAUGGCCACGAGGGCCUCGGCCCCUCCUCUCCCAGGCCCAGCAGCGCAAGCGGGACGGGCCGGACAUGGCUGAGUAUUACUACGACACGCAGCUGUGACGGGAACCCCUUAUAAAGCUAUUCUGUGCAGCAAAGGCCUAGGCUUUGUGGGGUGGGAGCG